AUGUCGACAUGUGGCUGCAUAACCGUGAUCGGCGGAGGGCGACGUCUGGACGAGGGUCCAGCGGUGAUUUCGGUCGACUCAGACAGAGGAGCGACGGCGGGUCCACUGCUUACCAUAGGAGAGGCAGCGGACGAGGUUGUGGUGACAGAGCACGCACUAGUAUUAGGAGCCAUAGCAGAGACAGCUGAGGCUAAGAUGGAGGAUCGACGUAAAACACGACUCGAAUUAUUGAAAAUAUCAGCUGCUGUAAUGGGUAUUGAGUUUUCUUAUGCUGCCGAAACUGCAUUUGUGUCUCCAACAUUACUUAAGAUUGGAGUUGAACAUAAACACAUGACGUUAGUUUGGUGUCUUUCACCACUGGUUGGAUUUUUUCUAACGCCUAUUUUAGGCUCUUUAAGUGAUAGGUGUCGGAGUACAAUUGGACGUCGUAGGCCAUUCAUCCUACUUUUAUCGCUUGGUGUCGUGCUGGGACUAUUACUGGUACCAAAUGGGGAAUUUGUUGGAUAUGCCAUGGGUGAUUUGGAUGCAUUCAGCGCGUCUACGUUUGGUAAUAUCACUGAAGAUAAAAAUAACAACUUUGAGGAAGAGGUGAGCAAAGAAGCGAGGAUGGACUAUGUUCAACCAGAAAAGGCAGCUAUAGAUCUUUCACAGAUUGCAAAUCAUCGGCCACGCCAUCCAUGGGGAAUCUUUUUUACUAUAAUAGGCACUGUUUUGCUUGAUUUCGAUGCUGACGCAUGCCAAAGUCCUUCCAGAGCUUUUUUACUAGACGUGACCGUUCCAGAAGAUCAUGCACGAGGGCUAUCAACAUUUACAAUCAUGGCUGGUCUAGGUGGUUUCAUGGGAUACUCACUUGGAGCAAUUGAUUGGGACAACACUUCACUCGGUGUUCUUUUAGGAGGGCACGUGCGAGCUGUUUUUUCGCUUAUUACUGUCAUUUUUAUACUAUGCGUUCUUUUAACUGUAACUAGCUUCAGUGAGAUCCCUAUAUGCGCAUUGGAAGAAAGUCUAAAGAAGACAAAUGUUGAACCAGAAACAAAUAAACAGCGUACUGAUGACGAACGUGGUACUUAUGGAACAAUGCCGCAUAUCAACCUCAACACGCCAACUUCAUCGUUAUUGAUUCAACAAACUAACAACGAAUAUGAUGAUCUACCAGGAAGAAACUGUAUAGAGACAAGUUUCAACAGACCCGAAAUGAUUGAUGAUGUGAAACAUGGAGACAGAAGCACGUCUAAUAACACUGAUGAAUUAAAUCACGAAGAAAUGAACAAAUCGCUACAUGAAGAUGGACAACAAAUUGCAACUUUCACCAUGUAUUUAACCUCUGUCAUCUAUAUGCCACACUCACUACGAAUUAUUUGUCUAACAAACUUGUUCUGCUGGAUGGCACAUGUAUGCUAUUCUCUAUACUUUACAGAUUUUGUAGGUGAGGCAGUUUUUGAAGGAGAUCCUAAGGCCCUAGACGGAUCAGUCAAAUUUCUGCUCUAUGAAGCCGGUGUUCGUUUUGGAUGUUGGGGGAUGGCAAUGUAUUCUUUAUCCUGCGCUUGUUAUUCAAUGGUUAUUGAAAGGCUUAUCAAAAGAUAUCGAGCAAAAAGUGUGUAUGUUGGAGGACUCCUGUUUUACAGCUUGGGUAUGACACUUAUGGCACUUUUGAAGCACCGCGCAGGAGUUAUCAUAUUCAGCUGGACUGCGGGCGUUAUGUACUCGACUCUUUUUACUAUGCCUUAUCUUCUUGUUGCUCAUUAUCAUUCAGAAGGUUUGUUUAAAACCAGCAACUGCAACACAUCAGAGCCUUCGAGAGGGAUUCGAGGUCUUGGAACGGACGUCGCUAUUGUAAGCAGCAUGGUGUUUCUUGCUCAAUUUGUACUCUCCAUUUGCUUGGGGUCCAUAGUGUCCUGGACUGGUACAACAACGGUUGUCGUCUCUAUUGCUGCGUUACUGAGUUUCUGUGGAGCAAUAUCUGCUACGCAAAUCAUGUAUCAUAAUUUGUAA